GACCUCACCAUAUCCUCCCUCCCCCAGUCCUCAUCAUCAAUGCCCCUCCGUUCAUUCGCGCUCUUCAAAUUUUUUACUCCGCCUACUUCUUGAGAAGACAACUUCUUCUUCUUCUUCUUCUUCUUCUUCACUGCCACUGUUCGUUCACCGGCAAUUCCUAUUGAGAGAGAGAGACAGAUGGAAUCUACGGUGGUCGCCAGCCCAAUGAUCAAGGUCGCAGCGAUCUGCGGGUCAAUUAGAAAAGCUUCUUCAAAUCGAGGCCUCCUUCGUUCUGCGAUCGAGAUAUGCGAGGAAUCGGUGAAGGGGAUGCAAAUAGAGCUGAUCGACGUAUCAUCCCUUCCAAUGAUAAACACGGACCUCGAAGUCGACGGCCGGUUCCCGCUGGCGGUGGAGGCUUUUCGCCAGAAGGUUCUGGUAGCCGACAGCAUCCUUUUUGCUUCCCCUGAGUAUAACUACUCCGUCACUCCACCUUUGAAGAAUGCAAUUGACUGGGCAUCUAGACCACCAAAUGUUUGGGCCGGUAAGGCAGCUGCCGUCGUGAGCUCAGCAGGUGGUUCUGGGGGGAGACGAGUGCAGAAUCAUCUCCGUCAAAUUGGAGUCUUUGUCGAUCUUCAUUUCAUUAACAAGCCUGAAUUCAACUUGAAUGGACAUGAACCACCGAAGAAAUUCGACAGGGAUGGAAACUUGAAUGAUCCAGAGACAAAGGAGAAACUUAAGGACGUUCUUCAAGCGCUGCACGGAUUUACAUUGCGACUGCAGGGUCGGUGAUGCAAAACUCAUUAAGAGCAUUUAUACUCUGCAUCAUUGGUAUCUGUUAUAUUCAGCAAUAGUGAGGACAUGAAAUUGAUAUCUCGACGAUGAACACCGACUCCAUAAAAGCAAGGGAUGUAUUAGUAAAUAAACGUUCUUCCGAGGAAUGACAAAUAAUGGAGUGACGUACAAUAUAUU